AAAAAUAAUAAUUUUAUAUUUUUUUUCAUUUCUGAAUGCAGGUUAAGGAUAAUAUAUUUUUAUUUUAUUAUUUUAUAUUACAUCUUUUAGAUCCUUUGCUCAAAUUGCAUUUUCAAGCUAAUGGAAACUUAUAAACUAAAAACGGCUUUUGUGAUAAGUAGAGCUCAUUUUCGGCUACUUGGGUUUUGUUUAUUUUAUCUUUAAUACCCUUUUCACAUGUUGGUGCUGAAUUGAUUGUGGGAUGGAGACAAAAAUUAUCAGUAAUAGGGCAUUGUUCAGUAUUGAGAUUCGAGUAUAACUGUUCGCGAUGGUCCAAAAACACUACGUAGCUGGUUUCGAAGGAUUCCUUAAUUUCAUCAAAGAUUUCCUGCCCGAUGGCCAGGUGAUUAAUGUUUUGUUCACCGGCGCUAAAAUGAAUAACGGUGUUAGCUGGUGUAGCGAUUGUGUGGAAGCUGCGCCAUUCAUUGAGGAAGCUGUAGAUCGUUCAGCCCCGGCUGGCUCACAUUUGGUGUAUGUGGACGUUGGCGACCGGCCGACCUGGAAAGAUAUGAAUAAUCCGUUUCGAAAACAUACUGAAACACAUUUAAGCGUUAUUCCGACAUUGAUUCGUUGGAAAAAUCCUCAGCGUCUGGAAGGAGAACAGUGCGCAAAACCGGACCUGCUAGAUAUGUUUUUCGGGGAAGAUGAAUAGUUCGGGGAUUAAAAAAACAUUCACUCAAUUGUAAGCAUUUAAUAAAUCUUGAUUUAAAAAUGGCA